AUGUCUUUCGAUCCAGUUCAUGACAGUAUAACUAAUAACACGCAUGGUGAUCCCAAUGUGGAUUCCACUCGUCCACCGACAGAUCAACAGUCCAGGUCCUCCGAUCCACUUAUCGAAUCAGAAGAUAAGACUACGGAAGCUGAAGAUACGAAAAAACGCAAAAGACAAUCCGAUGACGGAGUUAAAGAGAAGUUACAUCCAUCGGUGCUAACCAAUUCCCGCACUAGACACCUGAAGAAGGCUGAUGGAGAGCCUUACUGGCGAAAGGAUAUACGCUUCGUUUUUGUUAUGAAAUUAUUCUUCAACAACUGGAGAAUAUUCUCUAAUCCCUUCAAAAAGUCGGGGGAGAAUUUCGAUUGGCCGGAGCACUUCAAAUACUACAAAGAUGAAUUUGGGGCGGAGCAUUUUAAUGACGGAACUCGUUUGACAUUCUUUGAGCUUUACCUCAUAACUCUCAUGAAGAGUAGCAAGGUUUCCAAAGUUUUGAAAGAUCGCCUUUCACAUGAUCUAAGCUAUGCGUUGAAUUUCUCGGUUAUCAGCAUUCUCGUUAAUAUUGGCCGCCUGAACACGACCGUGAAUUUUGACCAUGCGAUGAAAUCUCAGUUUAGAACUUACCAUUCUGUUCCCUCUUUGCAUGUUGGAGAUCAUACGUCGAUUUUCGAGAAAUUCUACGUCCUUCAUCCUGUUGAAGCCAGGCUCAAGACAGAAGACACGAAAAACUACUUCCCAAUGUCAGCUGUGAAGCCGUUACAAGAUACGCCCCGCAUAAAGUCAAUAUUAAAGUCAAUUAACGACUUGAAUCAGGAAGUUCCAAAAAAUUUCAAGGAGUUCAUCUUGGGGAUGAAUGAAGACAAUAAAUUCCAUCUGAAUGUUGUUAGCUUAUUAUUCCUGCUUUGUGUGCAUGAGUACGAGAUUGGAAAGCUUUUUUUCCCAACCUCGCAGCAAUUGCCGCAAAGUGAGACUGAUAAUAUGGGUCACGCAGGUUUUGCCACUUCUUCGGGAUCAUUAUUUAAUGACAUCUGGCUGAAAACAGAAUCAGAUCCAAACGAUGAGGUUGAGAGAUUUCUGUGGUUAGUUUAUCUUUUCUUGGAGACUGACUUCAAAGCAGAUAAAAUUUUAGCUAAUCCGUUCAACAACCCGUUGGCUAAGAUCACAAUUGAUUCUGGACUGAAUGUGGCACAAGAAAUUGCUCACGAUAACCUGGAACUUGUUGAAAAGCUUAGACAGCUGGUGCCCCCAAUGAAAAAAUAUUCACCUGAGCAAAGCCAGGAUCCAUCUCAAUUGAUCAACGAUGUCGACACAGAAAACGAAAAGGCAUUUGCCUAUUAUAUGAAGAAUCUACGACUCAAAUUCUUAGAAGACGCUCCAAGUGAUGAUGAAACAAAGAAAGCAAAACGAGCCAAAAAGUUGAAGAAGCCAUCGGAUGUUGAUGAUACGGAUGCUGAUCUAACUGCUUUGGGACUUGAAGAGUCGGAUAUGAAAAAGCUGAAACAGGCUCUUACCACGGAAGAGAAUGGGACCAGAAGUGCUGAGUCGAACCCCCAUAGCGACGAUUUGCAAGCAGAAAAAGCACGCAAGAAGAAAAGGACUAACAUUGGGCCAAUCAAGCUAAACCUGAGCCACAUCGAAGCCUUUUUAAGUUCAGAUGUAAGAUCUGGCUCAACGUCGAAAAUCAUGAUUAAUAAGCGAAACAAAAAUCACUACAUGGCCUUGUUUCUGAGAGAUCUCAUACUGAAACGUGCCGAUGACCUCAAACGCAAAAGAUUAAAACUAGGGCACUUAAACUGCAUGCACAAAUUGGACACUCUAUUGAUUAUACAAAGCGACGAGAAGCUCCAAACCGUGUACAAGGACAAAAUUGAUGAGUUUCAGAUCAACUAUUAUAAAGAUUUGAGACGGAUAAUGAGUUUCAUUGAAGAUUCAGCGGACAGAGAGGAACCAGCGCACGAUUCAUUUUUGGAAAAAGCCUUUUCAGAUGUAUAG